UGGCUCCAGCCGGUACUAAUUCUCUUCUAUAUAUUCUAGUCCCUUCUUUCUCCCCGAGCCCGAACCAGCAUUUGACCGAGAGCUCGGGUUCUUUUUCUCCUUGGCGACCUAGAGUGGAGGUUCUGCCCAUUUUCUCAAGUUUUGUGGGGAUUUCACUCAUCCAAGUGCACCAAAGAUAUACAACUUUAUCCUCUCUUGUUUGAUGGUCUUCAUUCUUUGUUUGAUGCUGUAUAGUUAGAGAAAUUUUUUAUUAUUAGAAAUAGUAAGAAUGAGUAUGAUUUCGUUGAUUUAUGCAUGGAUUUGAGAGGUAUAGAAACCAUUACUUGAAAUUGGAGAAGGUCUAUUGGACAGUUUGAAUGUGGAUAAUUGAUAGUGAUUUUUUAAUUUUUUUCUAGUACCAUGGUUAAUUAAUUUAGUAUUUAUUAUAUAUUUAAUUAUAUUAUUUUGACACUCCGAUGUAAUAAUUCUAGGACGCAAGGACAAUGUGCGAGAAUGGAGCUUGGCGGCCACCACCACGCGGCCGCCCAGUCCCCAACCACGGAAUGCUCGGCCUUUGACUUUGGCCUAACCACAGAUGUCCGUCCGCGCUCCGCUCUCCCCCCGCACUAAACAAUGGCGAGCUCCAGCGCUGCCUUGGUAUAUAUAAUUUCUGGCUCUCCUCAAAUGGAAGCUCCGAUCCGUUCGACCCCCUACUAGCUCCCACGCCACUCUCCCCUCUCCUCGCGCGCACGUCGUCUCCACUCCAGCUCUCCUCCCUCCGCCUCUCCCAUUGUUUUUUGUUUUCCAUCGCCGUCGUCACGCGCGCACCGCCCCACUUCCCAGAAUCCCAGUUCCCACCGCGCCGCGCUGCGCACCACCUCCCCCGGCCCCUCCCGCUGCCCUCCCGAAGCUUCCAUGGCGCCCGCGCCGCCGGCCACCACGUGGCCGCGCCGCGGCCGCGCAUUCCUCCGGUCGCUGGUCCUCGCGCUCGCCGUCGCCGCCCGGCCGGCCUCCUCGCAGUACGUCCCGCACCCGCCGCCCGGCGGGGCCGCCGUCUCCAGCGGCGGCGACGGCGGAGGAGGGGGCACGUUCAGCCUCACCACGUCGCUCCUCUUCUUCGUCGGGAUCAUCGCCGCGCUCUUCACGCUCGGCUUCCUCUCUGCCUACCUCCGCCGCUGCUCCGAGCACACCACGGCCGCGGACGCCGCGCGCCGCGGCGCCAACGCGGCCGUCGCGGCCGCCGCGGCGGCCGCGUUCGCGUCGGCGGUCGGCGGCGGCGGCAGGAGGCGCCCCGCGGGGCUGGACGCCGCGGCGAUGGAGGCGCUCCCCGUGCUCACCUACGCCACCGCGCGGGCGGUCAAGGCCGGCCGCGGGGCGCUCGAGUGCGCGGUCUGCCUCUCCGAGUUCGACGGCGCCGGCGAGAAGCUCCGCCUCCUCCCCGGCUGCUGCCACGUCUUCCACACCGCGUGCAUCGACGUCUGGCUCGCCGCGCACGUCACCUGCCCCGUCUGCCGCGCCGACCUCUCCGACCCGUCCGUCGCGGACGCCGGCCACGUCCUGGCCGCCGACCUCGCUGCCCAGGCGGGAUCGCCGCCCACCGACACGGUUGUGAUCAGCCUCGACAUGGAGCCGCCGCCGUCCGGGUCGACGCCAGGACGACGACAGGAACAGGACCCCACGUCGCCCGGCGAGCAGCAGCAGGCGGAGACGGCGGAGGAGCGAGUGGACCGGUACACGCUGCGGCUGCCGGAGAGGCUGAGACGGGAGAUCGACGAGGCGAAGCGCCUCCGCAGGGCAAUGAGCGCGGUGACCGCGUCCACCGCGCUGCCGGGCGCUUCCAGCGGGCGGUUGGCGUCGGCGGCGCUGCGGACAAUGUCGGCCGCACGGCCAAGCCGGCGGUGGUCGGGGGUGUUCCGGGCGCUGACGGGGGCGCGGACGAGCGAGGCGGACGAUCACCGGAGGGUGGUGCCAUUGAAUGCCGGCGACGGGGAGGAGGUGGAGGUGGUGGUGGUGCGAGACGACGUGGGGGAGAAGUACUACGCGCACAACCUCACGUUCGCGGGGUUCGUCAUCGACGGCGACGUCACGGCCGGCGACUGGAACCCGGAGGUCUUCCAGGUCUCGACGGCCGUUCCGGCCGCGCCGGCAACGUCGCGGCGGUGAACCCACCAGAAGGCACAUCUGACUGUCAACUUCUUUUCGUAGUGUUGUUCAUUCCAGCGAUCCUAUAGUCAGAGGUAGUAGAGUGAUUGCUCAUGGUUUGAUUAAUUUGACAGCAAUUGUACAUUUAGAGUUACUAGUUGUCUUGUCGAUUGGAACUUGGAAGUGCUCUGUACAUAUAUAAUUAUAAGGUUUUUUAUACCACUAUAAAAAAUAGAGCCUCAUGGAAAUA